UGUCUAUCAGUUAAGACUGCCUGAAAGCUUUAAGAUCUCAGUGUGAGUGCGUGACUGUGUGUGUCCGUGUGUGAUAUUUUCCUCAAAACGGGCAGUGAGGGUCUCUGUCGCUCUCGCUGAAGUCCCUUUUUCAACCCCACUCUCUCAGGAGUUUCCGAAAAAAAAAAAUCAGUCAUUUCCACCUUUCGGCGAUAUAUACAUUUCAUAUAUACCUUUUGAACCGUGUUUCUCUUCAACAUUUCAGUCAGACAAACCAAGGGGGUUCAGACUUACAUCUGAAAGAUUUCAUUUAGCGUCCAAAGCUGCGAUCCGACCAAGAGGGGAGAGAAGAGACAGUGAAAGUACUCAACAGCAAGACACCCGCUAAGCCAGUUUGAUCUUUAAAGGUGAAGGAGGAGCUACUCUUACUAGUCACAGAAUUGCCACUUUGGUUCUUUUUUUUAUUUAGACUGGGCAAAAGAAAAAAAAACUACUGGAAAUGGACUGGAUAGUGGACUAUGUUGUGGUUACUGCUGAGGCGUUGUCGCAGCUCAGGUCUGAGACUUGUUAAGAUCCGAGCCCCUCGAAAGUUAGGUGUGUGUCUUUUCUUUAUUCAGAGACACUUUGAUCUUACCCUCAAGGUGGAUGUGGUGGUGGAGGGGGGAGUGCCUACUGCACCCUCUCAACCUUUCGUUAAUACUACAACAGCUCCCUCACACAUGCCCGCCUGCGAGGGUCGGGGCAAAGGAAGGCGGAUCUCUGUCUCAACGCUCCAGCCGCAGCAGCUGCUGCCUCGACACUCUAGUUCGCUUCCUGAGUGACUUGUGUCCGUCUUGAUCGAGAGUUUUGAUUACGCACUGUCGCCAGCGGCAACCCCGCUGCAGCCCGUGCUAGGGCCCACCGAGUCCGGGGGCACAUUUGGAACCGGAAAGGGCACUUCACUACAACGGAAAAAAAGAAAAAAUACAAAUAGUAAAACAAAUAAGACACAAGGGCAUUACUAUCUCUUAUCCUUUGGGCACUCGCCAGCCAGUGUUGGAGUUGCCGGUGUCGUCUCGCUGUAGCAACGUACGGCCAGCAAUACCAGGGAAGACAUUUCAAAGAAAGUAAUUCAGAAUCCCCACCAACACACACAUAAACUUUUUUUUGUGAGAGAAGGACGAUUACACCGGACAGUGAGUCGGGUUCUGUGUUGGCUGUGGCGAAUUGAAGCGGUUCUGCAUGAAAAGAGUGAAACUGAAGUCCUGCGGAAACUCUCCAGCAGAAGCAUGCCGAGGAGGAAGCAGCAAGCACCCCGGCGUUCAGCAGCGUAUGUUCCAGAAGAAGAGUUGCAAGCAGCAGAACUCGAUGAGGAGAACCUGGAAGAUGAUGGACUGUCUCUGGAUGUGCCAGAGGGAGACUAUAUAUGCAAGGAAGAGGAGGACUGCAAAGAGAACCAGAGCUAUCAAAACUCUCCAGUCAGCACAACAACUAAUCAGGACAUAGGCUAUGGUUCUCCUCUUAGUGACAAUAGUGAUCAGCUGGCAGAUUUCAAAAGUACAUCCUCUAAAGAUGGACAAGAAAGAGAUGAUGUUCUAAGCACAGAUGAUCUUUCUGCACAAGACAGUUUAGCACAAAUUAAAGCGGUAUAUGCAAACUUGCUUUCUGAUUCUUACUGGUCCACCUUGGCUUUAGAUCUCAAGAAAUCCAGUGGCACUACCAGCAGCAAUGGCAGCAGCCAUAAUGGCAGCACCAACACCACUAAUAGUAACAGUGGGGGCACAGGCUAUGACUGGCAUCAGGCAGCAUUGGCCAAAACAUUGCAGCAAGCACCCUCCUAUGGACUUCUCCCAGAACCCAGUCUGUUUAGUACUGUGCAGCUUUACAGGCAAAACAAUAAACUCUAUGGAUCUGUAUUUACAGGUGCCAGUAAGUUCCGGUGUAAAGAUUGCAGUGCUGCGUAUGACACACUGGUGGAGUUAACAGUACAUAUGAAUGAAACUGGUCAUUAUCGAGAUGACAAUAAAGACAAUGAUGCUGAUAACCCUAAGGGGUGGUCAAAGCCACGCAAGCGAUCACUUAUGGAAAUGGAAGGGAAAGAAGAUGCACAAAAGGUAUUAAAGUGCAUGUAUUGUGGUCAUUCAUUUGAAUCUUUACAAGACUUAAGUGUCCACAUGAUUAAAACAAAGCAUUAUCAGAAAGUGCCUCUGAAGGAACCAGUACCAGCCAUUACAUCCAAGCUGGUUCCUUCUACCAAAAAGCGAGCACUUCAGGAUUUAAGCUCACCAUGUUCACCUGAACCUGCGGGACUUGCUGCAGUGAUCCCAGCUGGGGAAACAAGGGAUCAGAAAAACUCCAAUCCGUAUGUGACUCCAAAUAAUCGCUAUGGAUAUCAAAAUGGUGCAAGCUACACAUGGCAAUUUGAAGCACGCAAGGCUCAGAUACUGAAAUGCAUGGAAUGUGGUAGCUCCCAUGAUACUUUGCAACAGCUUACUGCUCAUAUGAUGGUUACUGGACAUUUUUUGAAAGUUACCAACUCUGCCUCUAAAAAAGGGAAGCAGCUGUCUUUAGACUCGGUAGUUGAAGACAAAAUUCAGUCCAUACCUUUACCACCCACUGCUCAUACACGAUUACCAGUGCCAAACAUAAAGAAACAGCCGGACUCUCCUGGCUCAACAACAUCAGAGGACAGAAAGGAAGCUGAAAAAGAAAAAGUGACAGCCAAAGAAACGGAAACAAAGAUAAAGGAAGAGAAGGAGGACACUGGAGAAAAAUUUGAAGCUACGCCUGUGUAUCAGUAUCUCAGAGAAGAGGACCUAGAUGAGACUCCAAAGGGUGGAAUAGAUAUAUUAAAAUCUCUUGAGAAUACUGUCACAACAGCAAUAAGUAAAGCACAGAAUGGAGCACCAUCAUGGAGUGGGUAUCCUAGCAUUCAUGCUGCUUAUCAGCUGCCAGGAGCAGUAAAAGCACUUCAGCCAGCUAUACAGAAUAUUCAGAUCCAACCGUCAUAUGCCAGCACUGUAAAGGCAUUGUCUGUUGAUCACAAUGCACUGAUUCAUUCCCCAGGAAACUUAUCUCCCCCUCCCCACAAAAGUAAUGUGUCUGCAAUGGAAGAGCUUGUAGAGAAGGUAACUGGCAAAGUCAGUGUGAAGAAGGAAGAAAAGACCUUUGAGAAGGAGAAAGUAGUUCAGAUGAAACCUUCUUCUCCUGUUGCUAAAGAGAACAAAGACUAUUCUAAGACUGAUGAUCUUGUUGUUAAGCAGCUAAAAAGAAAUACUGACUCAGAAUACUUGCAAGAAAAAAACAGUAUAGUAGAAGCUCCUACGCAAAAUGGAACAGACUGCCACAAGUCAAAAGUCACCAAUGGGUGCAGCAGUUUAGGAAUUAUCACUGACCAUUCCCCUGAACAGCCUUUUGUCAAUCCACUCACUGCCUUGCAGUCUAUUAUGAACACACAUCUAGGAAAGGCCUCUAAACCAGUGAGCCCAUCAUUAGAUCCCUUGGCUAUGUUGUACAAAAUCAGCAACAGCAUGCUGGAAAAGCCCCUUUACCCUACAACACCUGUCAAACCAGUCAGUCCCAUUGACCGGUAUUACUAUGAAAAUAGUGACCAGCCAAUUGAUUUAACCAAAUCAAAAUGCAAGCCCCUUGUCUCGUGUGUGCCAGAUUCUCUCUCAUCACCACUUAGAGAGAGUGCAUUAAUGGACAUUUCAGACAUGGUAAAGAAUCUUACAGGUCGAUUGACACCAAAGUCCUCAACACCCUCCAGUGUAUCUGAAAAGUCUGAUGUUGAUGGAAGCAGUUUUGAAGAUACAUUAGAUGAACUGUCCACGGUGCAUAAGAGGAAAGGGAGGCAGUCAAACUGGAACCCUCAGCAUCUUUUAAUUCUUCAAGCCCAGUUUGCUUCCAGCUUGAGGGAAACUCCUGAUGGAAAAUUUGUUAUGACAGACUUGGGUCCACAGGAGAGAGUGCAUAUAUCUAAGUUUACUGGUCUUUCCAUGACAACAAUUAGCCAUUGGCUGGCCAAUGUAAAAUAUCAGUUAAGGAGGACAGGUGGAACUAAAUUCCUUAAGAACUUAGAUACUGGACACCCAGUUUUUUUCUGCAGUGAUUGUGCCUCCCAGUUCAGGACUCCUCCUACAUAUAUAAGUCAUUUAGAGACCCACUUGGGCUUUAACUUAAAAGAUCUUUCCAAGCUGUCCCUAAGCCAGCUACAAGAGCAACAGAAUGUUUCAAAAGUGAUCACUGAUAAGACUAUGGCUUCCCUUGGCCUUUCUGAAGACGAGUUGGGCUCUGCAUUCCAGUGUAAGCUUUGCAACCGGACUUUUGCAAGCAAGCAUGCAGUUAAGCUGCACCUUAGCAAAACGCAUGGCAAGUCCCCAGAGGACCAUCUGAUAUAUGUAACUGAACUAGAAAAACAGUAGUGUCUAGGUAAGCAGAGGAGUAAGUGACCACAGAAACAUUGCACUAAAAUUAAUUCACAGUACUGCACUAGGCCUGACCUGAGCCUCCAAAAUCAGUCUUACUUUUGUUGCUAAACUGCUUACCUGGACCUUAUUUUUUUUAUUUUGUUUCUUACUUUUUUGUCAUAUUUAUAUGCUUUGUCUGACUUGUGCAUGUUUUUUUGUGAUUUAGCGUCUGACUUUUUCAGCAUCUGUUUGGCUGUCCAGUUGUCUUUCAGGAUAUAUUGAACACCAAGUUAUUAACCUUGAUUUAUCAUUAAAAUAAUUGCAAUGCCAGAAAAGGUAUCCAAAAAUUAAUGCAGUAAGACAAAGGGUCAGAGUAACCGUUUGAAAACUGCAGUCGCAUUUCUGUGCCUUUUUCCAGACAGUAAAGUACAGAUAAAAAGUUCUGUUAAUCCAGUACAUAACUGAUAUUCAUGCAGGUCCUUCUCAGCCAUUUUAUUAUUUAUUUAUAUGUGUGUGUGUGUGUGUGUGUGUGUGUGUGUGUGUGUGUGUAUGUGUGUG